UCUCUUUUCUCCACAGUCUGUCUCUCUCUCUGUGUGGAGACAGGAUCUCAUCUACCUUCAGUCCAGUUAAGAUGAACACACCACCGCUCACCAUGUUCAAGGUUCUCUCCCUGCUUCUACUGGCGGGAGCACACAUCGCGACGGCUCGGAUUCACUCUCUGAAGUAUUUCUACACUGCGUCGUCUGAAGUCCCAAACCUUCCAGAGUUUGUGACUGUUGGUUUGGUUGAUGACGUUCAGAUCCAACACUAUGACAGCAACACAAAGAAAUCAGAACCCAAACAGGACUGGAUGUUAAAGGCAACUGAUGCAGAGUACUGGAAGAGGGAGACUCAGAUCCUUUUGGGUGAACAGCCUUCCUUCAAAAACAACAUCGACAUCUUAAAGGAACGCUUCAACCAAACUGGAGGUGUUCACAUUUACCAGGUGAUGUACGGAUGUGAAUGGGACGAUGAGACUGAAGAAGUUAAAGGUUUUCUUCAGUAUGGUUAUGAUGGAGAAGACUUCAUAUCAUUGGACCUGGAGACAGAGACGUGGAUCGCUCCAAAACCACAGAGUGUCAUCAGCAAACUGAAGUUGGAUCAGGAUAAAGCUCAACUCACAUAUCUUAAGAACUACUUCACCAAGGAGUGUCCUACCUGGGUGAAGAAGUACCUGGAGCAGGGGAGGAGCUCUCUGCUGAGAACAGAGCUUCCCAGGAUUUCUCUCCUCCAGAAGUCUCCCUCCUCUCCAGUCAGCUGCCACGCUACAGGUUUCUUCCCCGACAGUGCUGUGAUGUUCUGGAGGAGAGAGGGGGAGGAGCUUCAUGAGGACGUGUACCACGGAGAGGUCCUCCCCAACCAUGAUGGAACCUUCCAGAUGAGUGCUGACCUGAAGGUUUCCUCCAUCUCCCCUGAAGACUGGAGGAGCUACGAGUGUGUGUUCCAGAUCUCUGGUGUGAAGGAGGACAAAGUCACCAAACUGGACAAAGACUCAGUCCAGUCCAACAGAGAGAAGCCCACCGACUGGACCACCAUCAUCAUCAUCAUCGCUGCAGUGGUCGCUCUCGCUGUCGUUCUUGCUGUCAUUGGAUUCAUCGUGUACAGGAAGAAGACAGCCCAAUGUACUUCACUUCCUGGAAAAGAUCCAGGUGCCUCACAGCCGCUGAGAUCAGGUGAUGGAGGUUCUAAUUCUCCAAGUGAGGCGUCCUCCUGAACACAGUUUAUGGACGAGAGGCAGUGUCACCACACUCUCCCCCUUACGCUGGGAGUUCAUUGAUUAUUUAUCACUCAAAUCAUAAAGUGAUGUUCAGGGUCAGACAUUGAUUGAAAUACAAUCAACACAAAUGACAAAUUUGAAAAAUAAAAGGUGGCGUUGAUUAAAUUUGAUCUUUUAGUCAAAAAUAAGAAAUGUAAACUUCCCUCUGAUAAACGUUUGUUUAAAUAUUGAUAAAUCAUAUGAGGAUUAUUACUUUUUCUUUAUCUGGAGUGAAGUAGAACACAUUUUCAAAUCAAUGAAAGUAUCACAACAAUGUUCACACGCAGUUAAUUUAAAGAUCAUCUUAGAUACAGUUUAAUAUUCCUGGUGUUGGGGCAUCCUUGUAAAAUCAUUAAAAUAAUACAAAUCUAAAUAUACAUAUAUAGACACCCACAUAUCUUCAUCUUAGGAUCUGGAAAUAUAAUCUGUCUCAUGAUUCCAUAAAUCUGUUGGUUUGUGACUCACGUAUCUCGAAAACCGUUCAUUUCAUCAGCUUCACACUGGACCUGUGUGUUGUUAAGAGCCCAAGGAAGUGCAGUGUUGAAUCUGGUGUGAUUUGGACAAGUGAUACAAUCAAUAUUAAUAGAAUUCAAAUAAAUUACACACAAUAAUGAGUUGUUGUCACACAUGGACACACAACACGAGCAUCAUAACAACAUUUGUUUUCCAGUUAAAGUUUAAAUAUUCAGAUUUUAUUUUAUUUUUAAUUUGGUCUGAACAAGUAUUUAAUUAAUCCAGAGUUGCUAGUUUUUGAUUGUUAUGUUAUAUUCAUGCUUUGCUGUGUUCUUAUCCUUUAAAGUUCAUUUUAGUAGAGAUUAUAAAAAGGUUGUGGGAUGAUUUAAGUAUAUCAUAUGAAAUGUUGUGUUAAUAGUUCCUGUUAGUCUUUAGGGACAAGGGACUUUUCAGUUUUAGCCUUGUUAACAUUUACACUGCAACAAUGAAACAUUUUGAAUGGCGCAAAAUUACUGAACUUAUCUUUCGUAGGUUUAAAAACUUCACAUUUUCUCAAAGCUGUGAGUUCUAGUGUCCCUGCUCGUCAGGCUCCAGAGGAUUCAAGCAGUUUAUUCCACAUGCAGACGUGAAAUUGAUCAGCCUGAGCAGUGACGUUCUCCAUAUGACAUUUGAAUACAUUCAUAUCGUCCUGUUGACCACUCACACACUUUACUGUCCUCACUCAGUCACAUUCACUCACUCACUCAGUGUUUAUUCUGUCACACGUCAAUCACACACAUUGUCCACGAAGCUGUCAGGGGUAGUUUCAGUGUUCGGAUUCUUGCUUAUGGACACUUGUUCAUGCGGACUGGAGCAGCUGGGGAUCGAACCUGUGCUCCUCUGGUUAGUGGACGAUCCGGUCUACCUCCUGAGCCACAGCCGCCAAAACAUGCAGCUGCAGAAGCAGAAUUUCUGUCCUGUAUUCAACCUAAACACUCACCUUCAUGACGUUAGGUCACGUUUCCCCUGAUGAGACAUGAGACGUGUCAUAUCACAAACGUACCAUUUUGUGUUUUGCCAACUUAACUUCAGCAACUUUACAAAUUGAACUUAGUAAAGUUAGUUGAAGCAAAUAUGUUUAAAAUCCAUUAAAUAUUCUCUGUUGAUUAUAUUUAGAAAUCGCAGUAACACAAUUUCAAGUUUUCAUUUUUACAGUGUAGAAACUGAAUGUUGAGGCUACAUUUUUCUUCUUGUGUCGGGUUGUUGAAUAUUAAUUAAAGUUAAAUUAAGCUGCUUUGCUGUUUCAUUCCUUUUGUACUUCUGUUUUUAAUAAAGUGAUGUUCUCUGGGA